UUUUCUAGGGUAUGUUUGUACAGUUCGUAUUCACCAUUAGUUCAUCUGUGUCAAGUUGAGGGUCAGCUUCCUUUUUCAUCAUCUUCCCUCGUUCUUCUCAUAGAAAUAUCAAAACUAUGUAUAUCGUUAAUAAUGCUGAUCCCAGAAAUAUUAAAAAGAAGCGUUCAACUUCCUCCGUGGUCAUUCUGUGUGGCCCUCAUCGUUCCUGCAUUUCUCUAUACCAUCAACAACAAUACAGCUGUAUUGAUGCAACAAGAAAUGGACCCCACAACUUAUCAGGUGUUAGGCAAUAUGAAGAUAGCCAGUACAGCGGUACUCUAUAGAUUUAUCAUGAAAAGGAAUCUAUCCAGGAUUAAAUGGUUUUCCUUAGCUUUAUUGACUUUAGCUGGAGUUAUAGACAGUUUAAGUGGAUCACGAGUGAAAGAAUCCAACACAGUGUCUCAUCUUUAUUUAAGUAUAACAGGAAUAUUAUUAAUGACUAGUUAUUGUUUUGUAUCUGGCCUGGCUGGAGUUUAUACUGAAUUUAUUUUCAAGAAAAAUUUUAAGUAUUCGAUACACAUACAGAAUAUAAUAUUGUAUAUAAUUGGUAUAGUAUUUAAUUUAAGUGUUGAAGAUGUUGAAAAUAAGAAAGGAUUUCUCCAUGGUUUUACAUCUUAUACUUGGUUGAUAGUGAUAUCACAGACACUAAAUGGUUUAAUUAUGUCAUUAGUCAUGAAAUACGGCAGUAACAUCACCAGGUUAUUUAUAGUAACGUCCGCCAUGUUGUUGACAACGUUGAUUUCGGUGUUUAUAUUUUAUAUCAGUCUGCCCCCGUUAUUUAUCGUGGCAUUAUUUUUAGUCUUACUGGCUUUAUAUCUUUACCAUAGCAACGAAUAA